CACCAUCAUCAUCCUCUCCAUCCCCUCAAAUCCCUCAUCAUCGCCCGCGCCUCCACCUUCGCCGCCGACGAGCCAUCCUCCACCUUCGCCGCCGACGAGCCAUCCUCCGCCUUUGCCUCUUCCGCCUGAAUAAGCGGUUAUUAAAGGGACACGUCCGCUCCCUCUGUUCUUAGAUCUUUGAAGGCAACAGUGAUCAAGAGAUCUCAGGUUUCUGCUCAUUGGAUCUUUGAUUUUAUUUAGAUUUAUUUGUUUACCUCAAUAUUUUGUUACUUACUUAAGUUGAGUGCUAGUGAAAUUUAGAUGAGUUAGGAGUUUACACAAAAAAAAAUUUUUUUUGGGGAGAAUUAUAUCUUGAUGACCUGAUUCUACCCAUGUGACGAGUUCUUUAGCAGGCCAUUUUCUAAUUCACUGAUGACAUUUACAGUAGGAUACGGAUCUCCUCUUGAUCCCUCUGUUGAUGAGAUACUUUUUUCCUGUUUUCUCUUUCUCAUUUUUCUCUCUUUUAAUGUUUGUUUUUUUUUGUUUAAUUGCAAGAAAGAAAAAGCAGUUAUAUACAACUUGUUAGACUAUAAUUAAGAAGGUCAAAUUGGAGGAUUUUCAAACCAUAAUAAUCGAUUUGCUAAUUUAUUAAUGUUCUUUAAUAUUGGGUUUAAUAUUUUUUGAGAAAAAACUUUUGCAAAUUUAGGAGUCGUUUCCCUACUCUUUUUCUUAUAUUAUCCAAUUUUAGAAAAUCAAUGUAGAAGAGAAUGUUAUAAUUUUAUCUGAGAUGUUGCCAAUUCAGUGGAUAUAGUUCCCUUUGCCCCAUCUUAAAAUUUAAUAAAAUAGAUCCAGAGGCAAAAUUCAUGAAAAGUAAAAAAGAGAAAGGAAAUUAAAGAGAAGGAGAAAAGAGUUAAAUCGCAGAUAGACACAUGGAGUUCUAACUAAGCAUAUAGACUCCUAAUUGCUUUUUUCCAUAAGCAAUUAUCCUGUUUUUUGGCCUUUGCUUCUCCUUGUUGUGUUUACACAUUCCUUUACGUUUGCUGUUUCAUUUGGUGUAAGACUAUAGAACGAUUACAUCACAUCUAUUAUAACUUCAAACCUUUCUUUAUAUGCACUAAAAUGUUAAUUGUUAAACGUUCUACGCGAUUCUUUAUAUUGCAUAUGCGGGAAUUUAAUCAGGUUUUUAUUUCUUGAAUUAUUUUUAGGCUAGUCUUUUGCUUUGUUUUUCUCUCCAUGUACCUCAUGUUUUGUUCCGUUAAGUUGUUAGGAGUCGUUACUGAUAAAUCAUUUUAUUUAGGUUAGCAUGGCCCGUAACUACAUCAGUGAUAAGGAUUGGAUGUAUGUGGGUCGUGCAGAACGCAUGCGUUAUAUUUUUGUUAAUGGAGUUAGUGCGUUCAUGGACUUUGUUCGUAGACACGAUAUGGUUCGGCAUGGGAGACUCAUUUGUCCAUGUAAAUUAUGCGCGAAUAGGUUGCAUCAACUGGAGGAAGAAGUAGAACUUCACAUUGUGAAGAAUGGUUUUGUUAGCGAUUACAAAACUUGGGUAUAUCAUGGAGAAAUUGAAGGUCUCAUUAAUGCAGAUGAAGAAGAACAAGAAGAAGAUAACUUGUUUCUCGAUGAGGAAAUGGAGGAAAUGGUUGAGGUAGCUCUUGGUAACACUAACCGUGCUGAAGAUCCUCCUUUCAAAGGAGGACAUCAUGAAGAUAAUUAUGAUAAAUACAUGAAUGAUGCUAGGAGGCCCAUUUAUGAGAAUGCAAAACACUCCACGUUGUCAUGGUUUGUCCAUCUAUUUUAGAUUAAAUGUCUAAAUAAAUGGAGCAACAAGUCAUUUACGAUGCUCCUCAAGUUUCUUAAAGAUUCUAUGCCUCUGGGGAACCAUGUGCCUGAGAGCUGGUACGAAGCUUAAAAGAUAAUGUCUAAUCUGGGUCUGAAGUGUGAGAUGAUACAUGCAUGUCCCAAUGAUUGUAUACUUUAUUGGAAAGAAAAUUCAGAUAAGACGGAGUGUCCUACUUACGGAGAGGCUAGAUAUAAGAAAGUACAUGGUCAGAAGAAGGAUAUACCUAUCAAGAUAGUACGAUACUUUCCCAUUACACAGAGGCUGCAGAGGCUAUUCAAGUGUAAGAAGACAGCAGUGGCGAUGACUUGGCAUCACCGUGCACGUCCAAGUGAAAAUGGACGAAUGAGUCAUCCUAGAGAUACGCCUACAUGGAAGGAUUUUGACAGUAGACACUCAACAUUUAGUCAGGAACCUCGCAAUAUCAGGCUGGGAUUGGCUAGUGAUGACUUUUGCCCCUUCAGCUUUAAGGACAAUCCCCACAGCACAUGGCCAGUUGUGAUGAUGGUUUAUAACCUCUCACCGUGGUUAACUAUGGACCAAUCAUAUUUCAUGAUGCCUCUUCUUAUUGAUGGUCCAAAGUCACCGGGAAACAAUAUUGACGUCUAUCUUCGACCUCUUAUCGAAGAGUUAAAGUUUUUAUUCAUCGAUGGUGUGGAGACAUACGAUGCGGACACGGGGACAAACUUCACCAUGCGUGCAGCCUUAAUGUGGACAAUCAAUGAUUUUCCUGCGUAUGGAAUGCUAUCUGGUUGGUCUGUACAUGGUUACACUGCAUGUCCUUACUGUCAUCUCCAGACAACAUCGAGAAGACUACCCUUUAGCAAUAAGACUUGUUAUUGCAGCCAUCGGCGUAUGUUGGAUGAAAAUCAUCCGUACAGAGAUGACAUCAUCCACUUUGAUGGUACUAAAGAGAAUCGUCCACGUCCAGACCCAUUAUCCGGAGAGGAUAUACUUGCUCAGUGGAAUGGUAAAAACAAUGUGACUUUCAGAAAAGUUAAGGGAAGGCAAGAAACACCACAGGGAUGGAACAAGAAAAGUAUCUUCUUUGAACUACCAUACUGGAAGACAAAUAAAGUGCGGCACAAUCUAGACGUCAUGCACAUUAAGAAGGGAGUAUCUGAGCACAUACUUAACUUCUCUGUAAAGAUGGAAAAUCAAAAGAUAACCUCAAAGCUCGAAGGGAUCUCCAGGCAUGGAAUAUUAGAAAAGAGUUACAUCCUAUACCGAAGGCAGGAAAUCCUGACCAAUUUGUACUCCCUAAUGCCGUGUAUCACAUGUCACCAGAUGAGAAGAAAAAGUUUCUCCAGGUGUUACAUGAGUUGAAGGUUCGUACGGGGUUUUCAGGAUCAUUUAGUAAGAAGAUAAAGAUUAGUAAAGGCAAGAUCAAAGGGUUGAAGAGUCAUGAUCACCAUAUUGUUAUGGAGCAUCUUCUUCCUCUCUCUCUUAGGACUUCUCUCCCUAAAUCAGUCGGUUUAGUGAUCAACGAUU